CUCGCGAGAGCCGCUGUGCCGAACUGCCGGGACGCGCGGUGAUCUCGCGGGAAGCGCUCGGGACGGGACGGGACGGCAGGGGACGGGACGGCGGGUGAAUGGCGUCGCUGGCGAGCUUCCCUCAGAUGCUGGAACCCUUGGGAAGCCCCACGUUGCAGAUGAUGCUGGGUGGUGACAUUAUGAAGCUGGAAAAUGGGCAGUCAAAGCUUGGGUUGCCACCUCUCAACCUUGAGCAGCAGGAGGCACUACAGAAGGCUAAGAAGUAUGCAAUGGAACAAAGCAUCAAGAGUGUGUUAGUGAAGCAAACAAUCGCUCACCAACAGCAGCAGCUUACCAAUCUGCAGACACUGGGUUCCUUUCGAAAAUGGGCAUGCUGGGAACUGUGCGAUUGUCUCGACUCCAAAGAUCAGAUGGCAGCACAGAGGCAACGGGCAUUGGCCAUCAUGUGUCGAGUUUAUGUUGGAUCAAUUUACUAUGAGCUGGGAGAAGAUACCAUUCGUCAAGCCUUUGCUCCCUUUGGACCAAUCAAAAGCAUCGAUAUGUCGUGGGACUCCGUUACCAUGAAACACAAGGGGUUUGCUUUUGUGGAGUACGAAGUUCCAGAGGCAGCUCAGCUUGCUCUUGAGCAGAUGAACUCGGUGAUGCUGGGAGGCAGAAACAUCAAGGUUGGCAGACCGAGUAACAUAGGACAAGCUCAACCAAUCAUAGACCAGCUUGCAGAGGAAGCCAGGGCGUUUAACAGAAUUUAUGUCGCGUCCGUUCACCCGGAUCUGUCGGAUGAUGACAUUAAAAGUGUGUUCGAGGCCUUUGGAAAGAUUAAAUCCUGCACCUUGGCCCGAGACCCCACAACGGGGAAGCACAAAGGAUAUGGAUUCAUUGAGUACGAGAAGGCCCAGUCCUCGCAAGAUGCCGUUUCCUCCAUGAAUCUCUUCGACCUCGGUGGCCAGUUCCUCCGUGUGGGGAAAGCGGUGACCCCUCCGAUGCCGCUGAUGACGCCUGCCGCACCUGGUGGAUUGCCUCCUGCCGCAGCGGUUGCUGCUGCUGCAGCAACAGCCAAGAUCACAGCUCAGGAGGCUGUGGCUGGAGCAGCAGUGCUUGGUGUUAGUGGUCUCUCAGCGCCAGGUCUGGUUACUCCAGCACUUACCCUUGCUCAACCGCUGGGAGGGUUGCCACAAGCUGUUAUGGCAGCUCAGGCCCCAGGUGUCAUAACAGGUGUGACUCCAGCGCGUCCGACCGUGUCAUUGCCAGUGACCAUCCCACAGGUGGGGGUGGUUAACCCCGUACUUGCCAUACCUCCAGCAAUUAGCGGCGCUGCAGAAGUCAAGAAAGAAGAUGAAGAAAAAUUGCUGGAUACUGAGCGUCUGGAGAUGCUCAGCGAACAGGAGCACAUGAGCAUUUCGGGCAGCAACGCUAGGCACAUGGUGAUGCAGAAGCUGCUUCGCAAGCAGGAGUCCACAGUCAUGGUCCUGCGCAACAUGGUGGGCCCCGAGGACAUUGACGAUGAUCUGGAGGGCGAAGUGACCGAGGAAUGUGGCAAAUUCGGGGCCGUGAAUCGCGUCAUCAUCUACCAGGAGAAGCAGGGCGAGGAGGAGGAUGCCGAGGUGAUUGUUAAAAUCUUCGUGGAAUUUUCCAUGGCUUCGGAGAUGCACAAAGCCAUCCAGGCUCUAAAUGGUCGAUGGUUUGGAGGACGGAAAGUAGUGGCAGAAAUCUAUGACCAGGAUCGGUUUGACAACAGUGACCUGUCUGCAUGAACUCUAGGCCGUGAUACUCUUUGUUGAUGAACUGCAGCAAAAGGACUUUGCAUCGUACUUGGGAUCAGCUGUGGUUCAGGGACCUCAUCCAACAGCUGACAUCUCCUCACCCACAUCAGUCUGGGAGGCUGCAGAUGAAUGUGGUGGGUGUCCACUGAACUGAUAGGAUGCUGGGUCAGCCUCCCUGUUCCUCUGCUGUUUCUCCAUUCGCUAGCCAAACCCAGUGGACCAAAGUGCAGAGCUCGGCCAUGAAACCCCUGCCUCGACCACUCGCCCAACACCCCUUCAUCCUGUUGGUCAAUUUCUCACAAGUUAGAAGAUUUUAUUCAGUGGCUGAUUCCAUCAGUGGGAAUCGCAGAAUGUUUAGCAUUUAUUGCCCCCGUGCGAAACCCAUGGACUUGGGCUGGUGAAUUUUACAUGGUGUGAUACAGUUCAGAUCCAUGGUGUCAGGACUGGGGGUGAUUCACCUUAACGCAUGGAGCUGGCCUGGAUUCACACACCUCUCUCUCCAGAUUGGUUCAACUCGGUGGGAUUGUGUUUUUUUUUAAACUCUGUUAGCUGUUGGCUGCAAAUGUGGACAUUGUAGGCAAGUUACUGUUUCCAUUUUUAUUAAAGAAUUAUUCAACAAAAA